AUGUCUCAAGGACAUAAUAGACGACCUGAUGGGCGUCCAGUUUGUGUAGCAUGCAACUCGAAGGUAUCACGCAUAAAAGCACCAUGCACUCGUCCUGUGGAAGGCCACGGAUGUACCGGAUGUAAGCAGUAUGGCCUUCCUUGCGUAUUUGACGGGGUUCCGCUACCUCCUUACCCUGGCCCUACUCGAGCACCAAUAUUAAGCACAUGCGAUCAAUGUGGAGAGCUAGGUCUACGCUGCGAUUUUAAAAGACCGUGCGAUAGAUGCCACAAUUCAGGAGCCAUGUGCACGGGAAACACCCGAUAUUGUUUUACUCGCGGAGUGCCCGGCGAUGACAUGUAUGGUUACUAUCUUAACCUCGGAUUUGGUCCUAACGGUGUUAAUCAAGUUCUUCACUCCCAAAUGUUUUCAUGGACUAUGCCUUCUGACUACCAUGUACAAUACAUGAGGUGGAAAAACGAAGGAACUGUGAAUAGUGAGGUGAAUAAUCAAGUUAAUAAUCAGGUGGUACAGGUACACCAAGAUGAAUCACUUGCGAUCCAAUAUUCGCGGAUCUUAGAGCUAGCGCACGAAGCUGCCACACACGGAGUCCCGGUUAACCUACGGGGAAUCAUGGAAGUGCUCAAUAGAGAUGUUGUAGCUGGAGUUCCGUCGAAUGAGUCUCAAGGUGCCCGAGAUCUCAUGUACUAUCUCGGCAAACAAGCUGUGCAUAAUCCCGGAGCCCAUGAACGCAAAAUCGAGAUAAGCGAAUACAAUAUUCUCUACAACAUGGAUGAUCUUCAGAGACUUAACCCAGGCACACAGGCGGAGUAUUCUUAUGUAGCCCCUAUCAGAGACACAGUAUUGAUUCCCCUUACCCGACCAGCAUCUCCUGGCCCUGCUCGCCCCAGCUACUGGAUACCGUGGAAUACGAAAAGUGCUGAUAUACAAGUCCACGACAACACAGGUGACUAUCCGGAGGGGAGCCCCGAAAGAGUCGACAUGAGUGCUAUUCGAAGAGAUCCUUUCAGGGAUCACCCGAACGAAAAUGCACAGAGCGUAUUAUCGGCAAUUCCAUUCUUACGUAUAUGGGAUGAAGGGGCAAUGUAUGCCAUCCCAAGAGCAUGCCAGCAAGAGUACUUGAUUGACGGAACGUGCGGUAAUUUAACAACACGUGGAUGUGAAGAUACCACCCACACAGGGGAUAGCAUCCCAAUUUGCGAUACCUGUGAAGAUGACAACCGCGAGAAGUUUUAUGAGGAAUUCGCAAGUUCUGCUCUUCAAAUGAGACAAUACUUUUGUCAUCAAUGUUCUGGUUCCAUUGAUUCCUUACUCCAGAUGACCGCAAAUAGGGGUUGCGAUGUCUAUUACGAUAACUUUAUGAGAAUACCAUUGCCGGAUUUUACAAGCCCUUCACUUAUCAAUACGGGACUAACUAGAAAUGUUGGGGGUUGGCGAGGCUCUCCUCUAGAGGUAACUGGUUGCUCCUGCGGUGUUAAGCUACUAGGUCGUCGUCUAUGUAGCCCUCACAGAUUACAGCAUUUGCUGAACCUCCAAGAAGCUGUAUCAGAUAUGAAGAUAUAUAUCGAAAGCCUGUACGGAAAGAUGGUUUGUCCUGGGUGUAAAAGCGUGCCUGGCAUCAACAAUUACGACUUCAAAGGCCUACCAGGCGGAGAAGGUGUGUAUAAGGCAUGGGCAUGCUUGGCUUGCCACGGCAUAGUGAUAACUGAAAAUACCACUGCCUUAUUACCGAGACUAUACCUAACGUCUGGGGCACCCAGACCCGCCCCGGCACCGUAUGGUAUAAGGGCGGAGGAACUAGAAAUCGCAAAGGAUAAAUUACGGGAGCAACUAGCGAGCAGACUGAGGUUUUAA